AUGCGGCUGUCGGGGCUGUGCCUGGCGCUCCUCUGUGCCGCCGGCACCGAACCCCCGCGGGCAGCUCGGGAGCGGCCGCCGGGCCCGGGAGCAGCUGCGGGAUGGGCGGCGGCGGCGACGGGACGCGGAGGGCCGGGGGCGGCCGGCGUGGACCCCCGGCAGGCGUGGAUGCUGCUGGCCGGGAGCCCCGGGCGGGGAAGCGGCGGUCGGGCCCGUGUCGGGCCGGGGGCGGACACGGCACCGGCGGGCGGCCGCUCUCCGGGAAAACCGCCCCCGGCGGCGGAGCAGGGCCGUGUGCCAGGGGCUGCCCCGGACCCCCCCGCUGUGCCCGUGGAGCUCCUGAGGGAGCUGCAGAUCCUGCUCAGAGGAAUAGCAAAGGAGCAGGCAAAGGUGCAGAGGGCAGCCUGGGAAGGGCAUAAGGAAGAGGAAGAACGCAGCCCCCAGGCCGGGGUCCAUCAUCGCGUGAACGCAGCCUUCCACUGCCGAACGCGCGAAGACAUCUCCGUGGAGCAGAGAACACGACAGGAGCUGCAGCUGUUCUACAUCCCUGAGAGGGAGGAGAUGUUUUACCGUGGCCUAGGGCUGAACCUGACCAGUGGGCAGUACACAGCCCCCAUCGCAGGGUACUACACCUUCACCACCACGCUGCACAUCGUGCACAGGGAGCCGCCGAAGAAGAGGCAGGUGUGCCGGGGGACGCGCCUGCGCGUGCUGAUCUGUGUGCAGUCCCGCUGCCAGCACAACAGAAAUCUGGAGACUUCAUCCCGGCUGGAGAGCAGGGGUGACCUUUUCACCAUCUCUGUCACCGGAGUCCUUUACCUGCAGCGCCGUUCUGCUGGGGGUGUGAAGAGGCACCAGGCAGUCCCUCUGCCAGCCAUGAUCACAUCUCCCCUGCUCAGCACCAAGCCCAGGGAAGACCAUUUGCUCUUGGCAGGAACUGCAGUCUGGUCUGAUACUGCUCAUGCUGCAGAACCAGCUGAAGAUGAACAAAAGAUCAUGGAGAAGAUGAUGAUGAUAAUAAAAUAGCCUGACAAGGACCUAAAGGCAUUCACUUUUAACUAA